AUGCUGUACAGGUCUGAUGGCAAUGAGAUCUCCCGGCGAGAGCUGGAGCGGCAGAUCCAAGAGCUGCGCCGAGACAAGGUGAAGUUGGAUGACAACAUUCGGAAGAUGGAAUCCACCCAAAAGCGCAUUUUUGGUGAAGAGGCAGAGAGGGCGAGAUUGACGGCACUCCAUGCCCAAGAUGAGAAGAAAGAGGAUGGCGAGAAGGAAGAUGGGGACGAGAAGAAGGACGAGGACAAGGAAGAAAAGAAGGAGGAGGAGAGCGAAGAUACGAAGAAACGCAAGAGGGAGGAAGACCUCGAACGACGAAGGAAAGAGGGACGGCCAACGAAGACGGACCCAAGAAGCCGCAAUUUGUUCGGGAAGCUCUUGGGCCAUCUGCACUCCGCUAAAGACAGGUUGCAGAAGGAGAAGACCAGCAAGAUGGGUGAGCUGCAGCAGAAAGCCAUGGGCCGUGUCGAGGACAAGGUCAACCUCAACAAGAUGAACAUCAAGGAGUUCAGGAAAGGACAGUUUGAGAAGCAGCUCGUAGAGGAACAGGCGAAGGCGGCAGAGAUCGAAAAACAGAUCGAGGAGAAGGAAGUUCUUCUUCUGCAGCGCCGCCUGGAGAACCACUAUUCGCUCAUGAUGAACUACAUCAGAACAGAGGUGCAGCCUACCAUCUUCUUCCUUCCAGCCAAACAUACUCGUGAUACAGAGAAGCAGCUCGAGGAGUCGCGCGAUGCCCUGAAAAACAAGAUUGCCACGCUCAGAAUGCAAUUCCGCCAUGAGGCUGCCAAAGCCAGCGCGGCAGCAGCGGAUGGCGACGCCAAGGAGCAGCCCGAUUCGAAAGGAGCAGGUUCCAGUGCAGCAGACAUGGAAGUGGAGGAGGCGGCGCCUGAGGCAGCCCAGGGCUCGAAUCAAGAGCCUGAGGAGGAUGCAGCCGCCAGCGACAGCUCAUAG